AUGGCUGUUGAUGAGCAAAUUAUACUGACUAAGAGCAGAUCAUCUAUACGGCAAUAUAAAUCUAAGGAACCCCACAAGUGGGGCUAUAAGAAUUUUGUGCUUAGUGGCAGUUCUAGAUUUAGUUACGAUUUUGAAAUUUAUACUAGAGCUCAUGGUCCUAUACAGAGUGGCCCUAAUGUACCAAAAAUAACUACUACCAGUGAUGUCGUAGUUCGCCUUUCUAGUACAAUACCAGAAGUAAGAACUAAGUACAAGUUAUUUUUUGGCUUUUACAUGUCAAUGCCUCUUUUGACCUACCUAAACAAGAAAUCUAUUUUACCAUUAGGCACGAUAAAAGCUAAUUGUAUCCCAGGUUACAAGGUUCCAGCUGAAAAAGAUUUGAAGAAAAAGGAAGACGAGCUACUGUAG